UCAUUCCCUUUCCAACCGUCGAUAUCGAAUCUAAGUUCAGCAGCACAAGGUUUUCGUUUCUGAAACAACGCAGUUUCCACAUUCUAGUCCUUUUCUUUCGGUAACUGCCGACGUUAAAAAAACACAAAAACCUUAUAAAACAAAAACCUCAAAAGUUGAGAGACACUAACUCAGGUGUUUCAUCGUACUCCCAUCCUAAGAACAUGUCUCUGACACCAAGAUCUCAUGUUUCCAUUUUCCUUCUUGUCAUUCUUUUCACUCUUUCUCUCACAGGAACAGCUCCCGAAGAAUCCCCCCUACUUGAGAUUCUCCGCAACCAUGGCCUCCCAGCAGGACUCUUCCCUCAGAGUGUGAAAUCAUUCGAAUUGGACCAAAUGGGUCGUUUAGAAGUACACUUGGAGCGUCCUUGUUUGGCUCAGUAUGAAACAACAGUGUUCUUCGACACUGUUGUUAGAGCAAACCUUAGUUUCGGACAGCUUAAGGUUUUCGAAGGCAUGUCUCGUGAAGAGCUUUUUCUAUGGCUUCCGGUUAAGGAUAUCAUUGUUACUGAUCAAUCUUCUGGUCUCAUUCUCAUUGAUAUUGGUUUUGCACUUAAACGACUCUCUUUCUCUCGUUUUGAAGAACCCCCAAUUUGUAGAUCUCGUCAAGGUCUUUCUUUUGGUAUGGGUGGAAGGAAGGGUAAAGGAUGGCUUAACUCUUUUCAAAUUUGGGGUUUCUCUAUAUGAAAAUUUAUGUUUAUGUACAAAAUGUGCAACUUAUAUAAAUUAUAAUGCCAUUGAAUAAUUACUAAAA